AUGAACCAGGCUGCCUUUGUUCCAGGUAGACAAAUUCUUGACAAUGUCAUUAUCUCUCAUGAGUUUCUGCAUCACUUAAAAAAGAAAAAGCAAGGAAAGAAUGAGUAUUUUGCUCUGAAACUUGACAUGUCUAAGGCAUAUGAUAGGGUGGAGUGGAAGUUUUUGCAGGAAAUCAUGAAAAAGAUGGGAUUCUCUGACAGUCAGAUUGUGCAAGGAGCUGAGCUCAAUGAUGUCAAAUUUCUGAUGGGGAGAGAAGAAUGGGAAGAAGAAAAUACAUUGGUGCUCAUGGCACAAGCUUACACAGGAGAAAGAACUAGGUGGAUUGGGGUUCAGGGACUUGCAAAAUUUUAA